AUGCAUGCCAAGACAGACUCGGAGGUAACAAGCCUGGAUGCGUCGUCCAGCACAAGGUCUCCUCGGCGAGCAGUGUACUACGUUCAGAGCCCUUCCCACGAUGGGGAGAAAACGACGACGUCGUUGCACUCCACCCCUGUUCUCAGCCCCAUGGGUUCCCCUCCUCACUCUCACUCCUCCUCCAGCCGCUUCUCCGCUUCACGCCACCGCAAUAACCAUAAUAAUAAAUCUUGGAAGGGCAUCGACGUCAUCGAAGAAGAGGGUCUUCUCCAAUCCGAAUUAGAUCGCCAACAUUCUCUCUCUCGUCGAUACUAUUUCCUCGCCUUCCUCCUCGGCUUCUUCCUUCUCUUCUCUCUCUUCUCUCUCAUCCUCUGGUGUGCCAGCCGACCCAUGAAGCCCAAAAUCCUCAUCAAGAGUAUAAAAUUUGACCAUCUCAGAGUUCAAGCUGGUUCCGAUUCCAGCGGAGUAGCCACCGACAUGAUCACCAUGAAUUCCACCGUCAAAUUCACUUAUCGCAACACUGGAACAUUCUUUGGGGUCCAUGUCACAUCCACACCUUUCGAUCUCUCCUAUUCAGAUAUUGUAAUUGCUACGGGAAAUUUGAAGAAGUUCUAUCAGUCAAGGAAGAGUCAGAGAUUAGUGAGUGUGGCGGUGAUGGGGAACAAGAUCCCGUUGUAUGGAGGAGGUGCUAGCUUGAGUAGCUCAACCGGUGUGCCCACGCUGCCUGUUCCUUUGAAUUUGACCUUUGUCAUUCGAUCCAGAGCUUACGUGCUUGGGAGAUUGGUGAAGCCCAAGUACUACAAAAGGGUUCAAUGUUCCAUCAAUUUGGAUCCCAAGAAGAUUAAUGUUCCAAUUUCCCUCAAGCAUUCUUGCACCUAUGAUUGAUUGAGUCGCAAGUGAGGAAAGGAAUUAAGAAGCAGCACAUGGGAAAGAAAAAUAUUUUUUUUUACUACUAUUCCUUCAUGAUUCGUUGGUUUUCUAUCUUGGCUGAGGAAAGUAAUGUGUAUACAGCUCAUAGGGCAGGAUUGGAAGGACGCGUGCGUCCUUUGUUUUUUUUGCACAUUUUUGGCUGCCUCAAUAGUAUGCACAGACGUGAUGGAUACUGAAGAUAAUUAAAGGCAUGUUGGAUUUUUUCUUUAAAUAAUUUUGUCCCAUCAUGUAAAAGGAAGAAAUAAUGUUAUUAUGUAGUACUUAAUCUUCAAUGUUGUUUUCAUUUUUCAGAUAAUUAUAGCCGCCGAGAAAUUUGACCUUUUUUU